CGUGAAAGGUUAUCCUAGUGUAGUUAUACGAUCGUGACGAUAUUUGCUAUAUCCAGUAAACUCCCGUGUGAUUUAGGUCCAAUUUCGACGGAGACUGUCAUUAAGCUGUAGGCUCUUGGGAUAUAAGAGUAUAGUCAUUCUAGUUUGACCGGUUAAUAGCUUAGAUCAGUUCGUAUAGAGUCGCCUACGUAUAAUGAGGACCGCUGACAUAGUGUUAAUAUAUCACUUUAGGUUGACUAAUGGUCAAACAAGCGUGAGUAACGAGCUGUUUGCUUGCACAAUGGACCAACAUCUGCGCAUAUAUCAAGUUAUAAAUAGAAGUUAAAGCGAUAGCAGAAGAGCAUGCCUGUUUUAUAGUGCUGCUAUCAUUAAGUCAAAACGACUGUCUUGUUUUUGUGGCUACAGUUCUAAGAAUUCGGGUGCGUAUCAAAUAUUUUGCCCAUAUUUCGAUGAAUACGCUGUAAUCACGUAUAGUAAACAGUAUAUUGCAAUGCUUCGUACACGUAAUUUAGCCGUGUUUCUUACGUGUUCUUAUUGCAAGAGUGUUUUGUUGUUCUGGAUAAUUGCAACUUAUUUAAUGUGACUAACACUGUCAAUUGGCCUAUAAAAUAAAAUUGCUAUGGUUUUGUAAAGUAACUGAAGGGUAGCUUAUGUUUUUGGUGUUGGUUUUUGUUAUUGUAAAAAAUGUGCCUAACCAUAUGUAAUGUAAUUUUGUUUCAAAAGUUUUACUGAAUGUUAUAAGAAUUGAUUGCAUUUUAUUGCUAAUUUAAAGAAGUCUUAUUUAAAUCAUGUUUCUAUCUUUGUAGAUUUUUAUGUCUGUUGUGUUAGGAGGUAGGUGAUAUUUUAGUGCCUUCUUUUUAAGAUUUUUACCUCAGUCGGUUCUUUCCUUGUAGUGAUGGCUGAUGAUGUGAAAUCAAAAGAUCUUGCGCUAAAAGCGCAGAAAAAAAUCCUUAGCAAAAUGGCGGGAAAAAACUUGGCAAAAACUCUAAUUGAUGAAAAGACUAAUGACAUUUUGGACGAAUUAUACACUGUUAAAAAAGGUCUUGACGGGAAUAAAAAACUGGCUGAAAAAAUGCUUAAAAAUAUUGUGAAAGUUAUGGUAAAAGUUGGGCUGCUACAUAGAAAUGAUCAGUUCAGUGCGGAUGAGUUAAAAGUUCUCAAUAAACUCCAACAAAAGACAAAGAUGACAGCUAUGACAAUUGUCAGUUUUUAUGAGGUCGAUUUUACAUUUGAUAAGUUCGUCUUGUCGAAACAGAUCAACGAACAAAGGGCCUUGUUACAGCAAGUGGUGGCUAAACAUGUCACUGAAAAAUCUAAAGGCAGGAUCAACCAAAUUUUUGAUGUAAUUGGAGAAACAGAAUUCCUGGAAGCUUUAUUUGAUCCACAAGGAACCUAUAGACCAUCCCUCACCAAAAUUGCAGAGCGGAUAAAUGAACUUCUCGAUAGCGGAGUAUUAUAGUUCCACUGUGCAGGAAAUGACUGUGUCCGGCAAAUUUUGCACCAAGAGGCCACAAGAUUGGAAAUCAGUAAAAAGCUGCAUUACAUAACAUCAUAAAACACAGCCAUAUUAGUUAGUGCAAUGUAUAUUUAUUUUCAAUGCAGUAUCUUGUCCUUUUGCUGCCAUUUUAAUUGUCCAACAUUCACCUAACAGCAAUGAAUAUUGCGGAUAUUUAUUUAUAUGUUUUGUUUUUAUAUUAACCUUUUCCUUUUAAUGUUGUUUUUUGUUUUAUUUUGUUACUGUUACCCAGUAUUCUCCACUGGAGUUAAUUUGUGAUCGUUUUAUAACCAGUGUUUCAGCUACAGUUUGUUAAUUUUCUUUUUUCCUGUUAGGAUUCAUGUAAUUUUGCACAGGAAUGUAGACACAAUUAAUUAAUAGACUACCUAUAGGAAGAAUUCUAAAAACGACAUUUUUUAUUUUUAUCUUUUUUCUAAAACUAAUUGUGGUAAAAGGUGUUUUGUUCAGCAAGUCUUUACAAAAUCGUUUUAAAAGAGUAAAGAACGUGUUUUGUCGCAGCUCGACGCUUCCUGUGCGACUCAAUCACUUUGUAGGUGUGUGUGCUUGUUGCUCGUUCAGUGAAGCACGUGCCUGCGGUGUAUGUGCCGCGUAAAUUCGUCAUUUCCGGCCAUAGCUCGAUGCACUGCAUGACGCAUUGAUUGACACGCUAGCUUCCCAGUAGAGCGCUGCUUAACACUUUUAUAGCUUUAUUGUCCUUUAUACUUCGAUCCAACAAUCCUGUGCAAAAUUCCAUGGCCUUCUCGUUUCUAUUUUCGUUCGUAUUGCCCGCAUUAAUUCGUUUCUUACGACUAUUCCCGGUUUAAACACCUCACGUAUUUGACAUUGGCUUUCCUCCCAACAUAGUGUUAGUGACGUCAUAUGACGUCACAGCCUAACAGGCGUUUAAAGCGACGAGCAACGAAUUGAUUCCUUUUACCCACUAUUCCCCGCAACCCGAUCGUCAACUUUAUUCCAUGAAAAACUCACAUUCGAGCUCGUAACUGCUACUUUGUUGCUAAUAGGUCGACCACAUUAAUAAGAGAAAGCCUACAGCGCCGAACUGUUAUGGUUAUACCGCUUGGCCAAUUUAAAGCGCCAGCGACCUGUAAUAACCAGUUUGAGGCUGUUUUAUUAAUUUUAAUCCUUUUAACUCUACCAAUUGUACCAAUAGGCUGCAAUUUUAAAAAAUUUAUGAGACAAACGGUGAAAAACCAUCUUUUCGUUUCCGUGUUUCUUAUUAGAACUCUGUGUGUCUAUAGGAAACAUAAGCAUACUGUAAACGUUUUAUUUUAAAUUGCACGAACGUACUCCUUGGGUCCUGAGAUUAAUUUUACUUCCCGUCCAUGCCUUACUGUUUAUGAAAUAUUUUGUGCAAUGCCUUAAAUACAACACGACAAUCUUAAAA